AGUUGUGUAGAUCACCAAGAGACCACGAGGGUCCGGUUCAGUUUUAAUUCUGUCUCUAAUCUCUGCAACCUCGGAGCUUCCCGUGUCCCCACGCUCCUGCGCCCGCUCAGCCGCGGCCAGCCGCAGGCGAGAAUCAGAGCCGCCUCCGCCCAUCACCCACCAUGGAAAGCCUCCUAGAAAAAGUGGCCCCGGAUGCGUGUGCUUGAGGAUUCCGCACAUAAAAGGUGCCCAAAAUGAAGACCCUGAUGCGCCAUGGUCUGGCAGUGUGUUUAGCGCUCACCACCAUGUGCACCAGCUUGUUGCUCGUGUACAGCAGUCUCGGUGGCCUGAAGGAGCGGCCCCCGCAACAGCAGCAGCAGCCGGUGACCGGCAGCACGCAACCCGCGGUCGAGAGCAGCCCCCAGCCGGGCCCCGGGGCCCCAGCGAAACCCAGGCAGCUGGAAGGAUACCUCAGCGUGGCGGACCACAAGCCCCUGAGAAUGCACUGCAGGGACUGUGCCCUGGUGACCAGCUCAGGACACCUGCUGCGCAGUCGGCAAGGACCCCAGAUUGACCAGACAGAAUGUGUCAUUCGUAUGAAUGAUGCCCCCACUCGUGGCUAUGGGCGUGACGUUGGCAAUCGCACCAGCCUAAGGGUCAUCGCCCACUCCAGCAUCCAGAGGAUCCUCCGCAACCGCCAUGACCUGCUCAAUGUGAGCCAAGGCACUGUGUUCAUCUUCUGGGGCCCCAGCAGCUACAUGCGGCGGGACGGCAAAGGCCAGGUCUACAACAAUCUGCAACUGCUCAGCCAGGUGUUACCACAGCUGAAGGCUUUCAUGAUCACACGCCACAAGAUGCUGCAGUUCGAUGAGCUGUUCAAGCAGGAGACAGGCAAAGACAGGAAGAUCUCCAACACUUGGCUGAGCACUGGCUGGUUCACCAUGACAAUUGCGCUGGAACUCUGUGACAGGAUCAAUGUUUAUGGCAUGGUGCCCCCGGACUUCUGCAGGGAUCCCAAUCACCUCUCCGUCCCUUAUCAUUAUUAUGAGCCUUUUGGACCUGAUGAAUGUACAAUGUACCUCUCUCAUGAGCGAGGACGGAAGGGCAGUCAUCACCGCUUUAUCACAGAGAAGCGAGUCUUUAAGAACUGGGCACGGACAUUCAAUAUUCACUUUUUCCAACCAGACUGGAAACCAGAACCACUUGCUAUAAAUCAUCCUGAAAAUAAACCUGCAUUCUGAGAAAUGAGCUUGCCAGACUGCAAUCCAAGAUACCCACUGUACCAGACACAUGGAGCAGUGAACUUCCUGAUCCACCAGACAGGAACAACCAGAUAAAAACAGCUUCACUCCUACAGUAUCAUGGACAGAUGCCUAUGCUGCAUGACUACAAGCAGUGUGACUGGCUUAAAGGAAAAAUACCAGAAUCAAUCUAUCCUAAUGAGUGUUCUGUCUUUGAAAGGGGUUACCUCAAGAGAGUAACACUCAUUUCACUGAUGCUGCCAUGGCUAAAAACAUUUUGGAUCACUUAAGUAUUGCCUUUGAAAGUGAAACAAGAGCAACUCAACAAUAGUAAUUGCAAUCCUUUAUAUAAAUUCCAUGUUAAAAGACUUUUUUUUAAUCAAGUUGUAUUCUAAACUGACCUGUAAUCUUUGUCAUCUGUUGGAAUCUGUGUGUGUGAUUUGUACAAAGCAACCUGAAAAUAUGAACUUGAUUUCUGAAGAGCACAUCUCCACUAACUUUCAUAAAGCAAAUGUCCAAUAUUUAUUUAUUGAGAGUUUUUUUAGUGUACUCUAGGCCAGUAUUUUUAUAGAUUAUGAUUAUGUGCUGAUUUAUUCUUCCUAACUCUUUAAUCCUGAAUGAUGUCUGAAAUUGGCCUAGAAUUGGAUUGAUGAGUUACUGUGUUCACAAUGUGCAUUGUUAGCAUGCAAUUUGUAUUUGACUUGGAAAUGUUGUCUCUCCUUCUUUGAACCCCUAGGCUUCAGGCAAAUUGCUUGCUCAUUGCAAGAACAGCUACAACAUUUUCUAAUAUGCAGAAUUGCUCCAAAAAAGACAAAAUUGGAAACCAAAAACUGUGUCAUUAAAACAAAAACAUGCUAA